GAUUCUUCCGAACAACUCAAUAGAUUAUAACCUUGAUACACGAAAAUGACAUUGGUAAAACACGUUUGUCUACUUGAUUCCACGCAUUUUCUAUGUUCCAACAGCCACGCACGAAUUUGGCUCAUCUAUCAUUGCAACCGACAUCACUGUCACCAUGUACGGCUCAGAAAUGAUCCAACAUUUCAUCCCUGAUAUUACUCAAUUUACAUCAUUGUUAUCGGACAAACGCGUGAUCGAGGGUGCCGUAGGGAAUCAACGCAUGCGCCAGUGCCUCAACGCGCUUCAAUACACUGUUCAAACCGUCCUAAAUAUCGAGUCAAUCUAUUCUAUAUAUUCAAUCGUUAGUGGUUGUAAUGAACACUUUGAAAAAGUCGUAUAGUAAUCAGAAAAAUAUUACUUCAAAUCAUACCAAAAAUUAAUAAUGAAGAGAGCUUUUGGGAAACUUCGAUUGAAAAUCUCGAAAUGCAAUGUCAAUGAUCCACAGCCACCCCCCUCUAAACCCGUGCCGAUGGUACCCCAAGAUCCAGCAUCGAUUGGUCUGAAAAUGAUACAUGAUUCUCCCGAUGCAACUAUUGACAUCAUAGCCAUCCACGGCCAAAAUGGACAUCCCAUCAAUUCCUGGACACACAGCGAUAAUGGAGUACUUUGGUUACGCGAUCUUUUACCUGGGAUUUUGGAAGCACAUUCAGGCGUGAAUAUUCGAGCACUCAGUUUUGGAUAUGCACGUCGAGACCCCGUCGAAGUUAUCGGCGCUGAAUUACUGAAGAGCGUUGGCGAAUUAAGAACUGAGACAAAGAGUGAGGGAAGGAAAAUAAUUUGGUGUGCGCACAGCUUUGGGGGUCCUUUAGUACGGGCCACAAUGACCAUCGCUCCGCCUUCCAGCGAUAUCCAAGUCUCAACCCACGCCUUUUUGUUUUUCGGGGUAGCCAAAAAUAUGGGAUUAGAAAAUCUGAACACGGUGCUUGCAUUGCCAGAAGCCACAUUGAGUAGCGAGAUGAAGGAGUUGAGGAGAGAGAUGAUGUGGUUGAAAAACGGAAGUGAAAGAUUUGAUCGAUUGGGUGAGCAUUUAGAUUGGGAUAUUGUGUGGUUUAGAGAGGUGGCAAGCGAGGAAGGGAGGGUUAGGCAUUUGGAUACGGUAGGUGAGAGAAUGAGUGAAGAUGGGAAUGGCAAGCUUGAAGUCGUGGUUAAAUUGGGGAAGACGCAUGGCGCUAUGGUUAGGUUUGCUGACGCUGAGGAUGAUGAUUUCAUGGUGGUGGUGGAAAAGACUAGGUAUAUGGUAGAGAAAGUUACACGAAGGUAAUAAUACAGCCUGGAGCUAAUUCAUAAAAGCCCCCGAAGCCCCCAACAUUUCGUCAUCUAGAACUCUCAAGUUCGCGCGAUGCAACAUCAAUUGUUUUCAAAUGCACAAAGAGGGUCUGCGGCUCGUUUGACCUUGAUUUCGUCCGAGAGGCGGGGUGAGGCUCCCCAAAAACAUUAUGCUUACAUUGGCUCAAAAUCAAUAUUCAGAAGGCUUCAGCCUGCGGUCGCUCAAGGCGCAGUAGCAACGGGCCAGGUGAUGUAUAUCAAUUAGAUGAAUUCUGUUUCCGAAAAAUUUCAUGUUGCAAAAUCAUUGGUAAUUGAUGUGUCUAAUGUCA